AUGAGAAGCAUCAAAGAGUAUAACGUCGGUAUGACCAUCGAAGUCAAUGACAGGAUGCAAAAGGACUACUCCUACAAAUUGACGGAAAAGAUGGGCGACAAGGCUGACGACUAUGGAGACGCUGGAUUCGAGCCGGAGUUGACACCAGAGGAGAUGUUGGCGGCGGGCGUAUUUGAAGGAAAGUACUUGAACGACUGCACCGAGGAAUUCCCCAAGGAAUGGUUUGAAAAGUCCAAAAAGAAGCGCGUGGAGGUAGGGAAGCCGCCCGAUUAUAAGUUGAAUCGGUUCAAGAUCAAAAGCCGACAGUCGUUGGUGAUCUGGCAGGAAAACCACUGGGUCUUGGGCGACGACCCUCGUGGAUGGUUCCAGUGGUACUGCAGGUACUGGCUAGGCCGGCGUGCGGAUGUGGACGGGUUCCAAAAGAAGAGGUGGAAGGCGUUCAAGCGUCACCGGGGCCAAGUGAAGCACAACUGCGAACCCGGUGAUUUGGAAUGCCGUCCCAAACAGCGGCAGGCAUUGCUUCAGUGGGCCUAUGACCCAUACAUCUGA